AAUUAACGUUCUAAUGAGGUUUGCACGGGCAGGCCAAUACGCUCGCGCGACGCGUACUUGGUUUCGGUUUUUCCACGCUCCAGUGCGCUUCGCCCUCCCCCUUUCUCUCUCUCUCUUCUCCUCGCUCUAUCGCUCCGCUUUUAUCUUCAAUCUUCCUCCGCUUUACUCCAAGAGGAGUAGACAUGGCGAUGGUGGCGACGGUUCCUGCUUUCCACAGCCACGUUAUCUCUAGUAUUGUUGUUCAAGGGAGGUCUGCUUUACCUGUUUUCUCCGCGGCCAAGACAGAGAGGAAGGGGAGAGGAAGACUGAGGGUGGUGGGCGAGCAAUGCGAGGAGGUAGCUGAAUCGAGAGCCAAAGUAAGAAGUGGGGAGAUUCUGUUGUGCUCCAUUGCUCCCUAUCCUCUUCUCCUCGCGUCUGCGCUUCCUGGAGCUUCAGCAGUAAGAUCUAUCUUUGAGCCAUUUGUUGAACUAGUGAAGACAUGGAACCUUCCUGAAUGGCUUGUCCACUGGGGUCAUCCAGGAAAUAUGGCAGUUGUUCUUUUUGCAAUGGGUGGUUAUGGAACAUAUCUUGGAUUUAGAAUUAGAUUAUCAAAAGAUACAGAGGAAAAGGCCAAGGCCAAGGACCUGCAUCCAAAGCUCCUAGGAGGCAUGUUUUUCUUCUUUGCUCUUGGUGCUACUGGUGGAAUAACUGCUUUAUUGACUUCUAAUAAACCAAUUUUCGAGAGCCCUCAUGCUGUUAGUGGAUUUCUCGGUCUGGCACUCUUGACAGUUCAGUCUCUACUGCCGACCUUAUUUGAGGAGAGUCCAGGCAUGAGGACAGUACACGGUCUUCUUGGUAGCAGUAUCAUGACACUUUUUCUCCUACAUGCAGCAUUAGGACUUCAACUUGGCCUCAGCUUUUAGAACUAUGUAUUUGUAUUGGUACCGACUAUUUCAGUAAGAAGCAUAUUUGAUAGAUGUUCAUGUACUCAAAAGUUGUGUUUGAAAUUAUGUAAAGGAUCAUAAUUGAAAUUUUUAAAAAGUUCUUAAAGCAGGAAAAGUCUUAUCAU